GUUGCUUAAAAUUAUAUCAUGUAACUAUCAUACUUAAAAUUUUUCCUAUUGGCAGAUGUUUGGGAUGUUUCUGAUGUUUUGCUAAAGUGUAAACUUCACUACAGAGAAUCACCUUUUACAUAAAUCUUUGAAAAAAUUUUCCCCCUUAGGUUUGUAAAAGAGAAAUUACUAGGUCAGAGUCUGUGUGUGUGUGUGUGUGUGUGUGUGUGUGUGUGUGUUUAAGACUCUUGAACAUCACCAAACUACUUUCCAGAAUGUUGUAACUAGUAUGACACAGUGUAUCUAGUGUAUGAGCCAACCUCACAUUAUAUCUUUUUUCCUCUUCUAGUUAUUAUUAGUAUUGAAACAAAAAAUCUUGCUUUAAUUUGCAUUAAAUUUUUUUUCCACUGAUGUCUUGUGACCCAUAUAUUUUAUUUUCCUAACUUGUAAGCUCCUGGAAGGAGAAGAGUGUAUUUCAUAUUUGACAUGCUGCUAAUCACAAAUCCUAUAAGUCCAAGAAUUCUCAAGCAUGUUUUUCAAGGUUUCCAGUAAUUAUCUGCAGGAUUCGCCAUGACCCCAGCUCUGAGGGAGGCAGCAACAAAGGGUAUCUGCUUUUCAUCUUUACCAAGUACCAUGGAGUCUGACAAGAUGCUAUGCAUGGAAAGUCCAAGAACUGUAGAUGAAAAGUUAAAGGAAGACACUUUGUCUCAGAUGCUGGGAUUUCCAACUCCUGAACCUACUCUUAACACUAACUUUGUGAAUUUAAAACAUUUUGGCUCCUCUCAGUCGUCAAAACAUUAUCAGACGGUUCUUUUAAUGAAUUCAAAUUCUACAUUAAAUAAAUACAAUGAAAAUUACAAACAAAGGAAAUUAGGGGAACCUAAUUGCAGUAAGCUGAAAAACAUACUGUGUAAUGGCAGCAACAUUCAGCUUAGUAAAAUCUGUCAUUCUCACUCUGAAGAGUUCAUCAAAAAGGAACCUCUGUCAGAUACCACAAGCCAGUGCAUGACAGAUGUACAAAUUAUUUUGGAUUCAAAUACAACCAAAGACAUUAAUGUAGAUAAAGUACAACUACAAAACUGUAAAUGGUACCAAAAGAAUGCACUUUUGGAUAAAGUUACUGAUGCUGAAGUUAAAAAAGGUUUAUUGCACUGUGCUCAAAAGAAAAGUGGGCCUGGCCACUCAAAUGUGCCUGUUGGUUUCUCAGCUGCUGAAAAAGAGGAAGAAGUGAAUGCUCGUUUACUUCAUUGUGUAAGUAAACAGAAAAUUUUACUUAGCCAGGCUAGAAGAACUCAGAAACAUUUGCAGAUGCUCCUGGCAAAGCAUGUUGUUAAGCACUAUGGUCAACAAAUGAAAUUUUCUGUGAAACAUCAACUCCCCCAAAUGAAGAUCUUUCACGAACCUACCACAAUUUUGGAUAGCAGUUUACCUAAAUGCACUGAAAUUAAGCCAGAAGUGAACAUGUUGACUGCAGAGAAUAAAUUGUGGAGUGAUACAAAAAAUGGCUUUGCACGGUGUACAGCUGCAGAAAUCCAAAGAUUUGCACUGUCCGCUACAGGGCUGUUGUCUCAUGUUGAAGAAGGUCUGGAUUCUGAUGCAACUGAUAGCAGCUCUGAUGAUGAUUUGGAUGAAUAUACCAUUAGAAAAAAUGUGGCAGUUAACUGUAGUACUGAAUGGAAGUGGCUUGUAGACAGAGCAAGAGUUGGCAGCCGAUGGACAUGGCUUCAAGCCCAGAUUUCAGAGCUAGAAUACAAAAUCCAACAGCUAACGGAUGUUCACAGGCAGAUUCGUGCCUCCAAGGGGAUAGUGAUCCUAGAAGAAUGUCAGCUUCCAAAAGACAUUCUGAAAAAACAAAUACAAUUUGCUGACCAAGCGGCUUCAUUAAAUACGACAGGGAAUCCCCAGAUUCCCCAAGAGAGUCAAGAUCCUUUACCAGAACAAGAUUUUGAAAUGUCACCAAGUAGUCCUACACUUCUUCUUCGCAACAUAGAAAAACAGAGUGCACAGUUGACGGAAAUCAUCAACAGUCUGAUUGCCCCUCUCAACUUGUCCCCAACUUCAUCACCCCUAUCCUCCAAAUCCUGUAGCCAUAAAUGUCUAGCGAAUGGCAUUUCCAGGAGUGCUUCAGAGAAUUUAGAUGAGCUCUCUUCCUCCAGUAGCUGGUUACUUAACCAGAAGCACAGUAAGAAAAGGAGAAAAGACAGGACAAGAUUGAAAUCUCCAUCCUUGACUAUCAUGAGUACAGCAGCUCGAACAAGGCCACUUCAGAGUUUCCACAAACGAAAACUCUACCGAUUGAGCCCUACUUUUUAUUGGACUCCACAGCCUCCCGGGCUUCACUUUCUCUGCAGGGAACAAAAAGACCUUUUCCUAGAUGCCCCUCACUUGUCUCCAAAAUUAUUUAGGAUAGUUUCAAAUUGGCUAAUGGGUUCCCUGGAGUUGGAAAAAAUUCAAGAAAAAACUAAUUAUAUGACUUUGCCUUCAAAAGAAACAACAUUUUUAAAUACGACACAAAUGCCUUGUUUGCAAUCAGCUUCAACUUGGAGUAGCUGUGAACACAAUUCAAAAUCUCAGAUAUUAAGAGAGCAUGUAUCAGAAUUGGACUCUUCUUUCCAUUCUGUCCUAUCAUUGCCGUCAGAUGUGCCUCUUCAUUUUCACUUUGAAACAUUGCUAAAAAAGACUGAAAUAAAAGGAGAUCUUGCUGAAAAUAAAUUAGUAGGAGACUGUGUCAUAUCUCCAUCACCUGUACAUAAUACUUCUCUGAAUCAAUGGAGAAAUGGAUAUUCUCCUACAUGCAAGCCUCAGAUAAGGUCAGAAUCUUCUGUACAGCUGUUCCAGGGAAGAAAGAAAAGACACUUGAGUGAAACAGCAUUAGGAGAAAGAACUAGAUUUGAAGAAUUUGCUUUUCAACGCACAGAACCAGGAUCCCAUAGCAAUUUUACUGCUGUUACUAAUGUCAAUGGUAUAUCAAGAACCCAGAAUUCAUCAUCACAAAAUACUGCACGACGGAGAUUGAGAAGCGAGAGCUCUUAUGACAUAGAUAAUAUCGUGAUUCCCAUGUCAUUAGUUGCCCCAGCUAAGUUGGAGAAACUCCAAUAUAAGGAAAUACUUACUCCAAGCUGGAGAAUGGCUGUUCUUCAGCCUCUGGAUGAAUAUAACGUAGGUGAAGAGGUAGAAGAUCUUUCUGAUGAAGUCUUCUCCCUAAGACACAAAAAAUAUGAAGAGAGAGAGCAAGCCAGAUGGUCACUAUGGGAACAAAGCAAGUGGCACAGAAGAAACAGCAGAGCUUACAGUAGAAACGUUGAAGGACAGGACUUGCUCUUGAAAGAAUACCCUAACGACCUUGGUGGUGGUCAGCACUGUGCUGCCGAGAGUCCUGCCGAGCCUUCUCCGCAGAGCCAGGAUCUGGGCACACGGGGCUCACCUUCCUUAAAUCAAAGUCAAGAACUCAAGUCUUUGUGGUGGGAACGACGGACUUUUCCGCUGAAGGAUGAAGACACAGAAGCCUUACUAUGUCAAGAUGAAAAAAAGGAUCAUAGUGAAAGUUCAAGCCCCGUUUUCCGUGGAGAAGUCUUCUGUACUAGUGCACCAGAAAACGGUCACCAUCCAAAAAGGCAGACAGAUGAAAUGGAAGAAUGCAAACCUUUUGGUCUAGGACUUACUCAUGUUAAAAAAAACAGGUGACAGGGAAAGGUUAAAAAAAGUAUGUAACUGAAUGGAAAGCAGGAGGAAAAAAUAAGCCCUGUUCUCCAUCCCCCACCCCCUCAGCCACAAUUCCAGAGUAAGAGCAUGUACUGCAUGUAUUAAUCUUUUAUGCUGUUUUAAAACAGGCAAGGUAGGUCUCUUUUUCCUUGAACCACAGGAAUAACUAGCUUUUCACCUACAGACAAGUGCUAGUCGUUUGUGUUUAUGAUGCAAAUCACAAGCACCAGAAAAUUAACUGCUGCAAGCUGAUGUUAAAUCGUAUUACUGGGUAAAUAAUUUUUAGAAGACUUCAUACCCACACAUACAUAUGUACACACACAGAAACACCUGUGCAUCAAUGAUCGCUCUUUUUCCUAUACAUUUCUAUGUAAUUUCUAUGGUAAUUCAUUAAAAUUGCCUCAAAUAUAUGCCUUUGUAUAUGGGAAUAUACAAAUAUGUGUGUAUAGAGUAUAUAUACAUACAUGUACACACACGUAGUUUUAAAAAACACUGGCAGUGACCACUCCACUUGAAAUGCAUGGAUGAAUUAUCCCAUGGAAUGUAAGCUGCACUGUAAAGCACAGGUUCCCAGUGACUAUGGAGAUUUUAAACAUGUUUAACCAAUAGAAGUUAUAUAUGGAAAUUUCUAUACCAGAUAACACAAUAUGCCUUUAUUUGAAAUCACUGUUAUCUGUUGGACUAAAUUCAGAUCAUCUUCUAUUCACUCCUAACAGAUUAAGACAAGCAAAGCAGAGUUAAAUAUUGGUCUAAUUUUAAAACUUGAGUUUUAUCUAUCCUAUGUAUCUCAUAAAGAGAAGACCCCAAGUGAAAAUGAGCAACAAAUAGGAAAGUAAAAAAUGUUGUAUUUCUAGUUAAUUUGGUCAUUCCUUACCAUUAGCUUACUCUAUCCAAACAAGCAUCUAUUCUCAUGUGUAUGCUAGAGUGAGAAAUUUUUUUAAAGGAUAGUGCUUCAGUACUGAAUACAGGAGUAUACAUUAAAGAAACUUCUUGAAGCUAUUACAUAAUUUUUUCUAUAUAAAAGUUGAGGACAAUUUAUGAAUCGCUUUCUCUCAUGUAAAAAAAAAGGUUAUUCAAGUUAUAGUCCCCAUAUAACUGACAAUCCUGGCCACCUGGCCUAGUCUGGGGGACUCACACCAAGUUUUUGUUAGGGAUGGGGAAUUCUACUAGUCCCUUUAAAGAAGGAAAAAAGUUCAAAUUCAAAACUGACAAAUUUUUGCUUGUAGUUUUACUGUACAUUUAUUUUUAAAAAAGAAAACAAAAGCCAGACAAACCCAAGUUGUCUAGGCAAAUAAGGUCAAAUCUUUUUGUCAUGUCUGACAUUAUAAUCUUCUAUGUAAGUUUUUUAAUUAAAGUUAUUUCUAUAUGCCUCGUGUUGUCUGAUUUGAUUAAACGGCACCUGUUCAUGGCACAAACCUUUCCUAAGUCAAAAACAAACUUUUACACUGUAGUAUAGGAAAAAAACAAGCAAGCUCUAUUCUAUGCAGAAGUGUUAAUGUUCUUAUUUUUCAAACUUUUUAUUUGUCAAAACUCAUAGUAGCCUAAAGUUUAGGUCCUGUUAUUUCUUGCCAUAUAUCAAGACUAUUUGCAAGUGGCAGAUACAUAUUUGUUGUCAAAGUAUAAUUUGGGACACAACUUUAAAUAUUUAUGGAUUAACUCUACCUUAUCAUCUUUUAGCCUACCUGGUCUUUGUUGGAUUAAUAUAAUAUAUAUCCUUGGGGUCAAAAUCCAUAACGUCCAGAAUAUCCUCAGCCAUCUGGUUCUGCUACCGAGUAAAAUUAGACAAGG